AUGGGUGCCGGGGCCAGUGCUGAGGAGAAGCACUCCCGUGAGCUGGAGAAGAAGCUCAAAGAAGACGCUGAGAAGGAUGCCAGGACAGUCAAGCUGCUACUGCUGGGAGCAGGGGAGUCGGGGAAGAGCACCAUCGUCAAACAGAUGAAGAUCAUCCAUCAGGACGGUUACUCACUGGAGGAAUGCCUGGAAUUCAUUGCCAUCAUCUACAGCAACACGCUCCAGUCCAUGCUGGCCAUCGUGCGGGCCAUGUCCACCCUCAACAUCCAGUAUGGGGACACAGCUCGCCAGGAUGAUGCCCGCAAGCUGCUGCACCUCUCAGACACCAUCGAGGAGGGCACCAUGCCCAAGGAGAUGUCAGACAUCAUCGGGCGGCUCUGGAAGGACACAGGCAUCCAGGCCUGCUUUGACCGUGCCUCUGAGUACCAGCUCAAUGACUCGGCUGGCUACUACCUGUCAGACCUGGAGCGCCUGGUGACCCCCGGCUACGUCCCCACAGAGCAGGAUGUGCUGCGCUCCCGUGUCAAGACCACCGGCAUCAUUGAGACCCAGUUCUCCUUCAAAGACCUCAACUUCAGGAUGUUUGACGUGGGUGGCCAGCGCUCGGAGCGGAAAAAGUGGAUCCACUGCUUCGAGGGGGUGACCUGCAUCAUCUUCAUCGCUGCCCUCAGCGCCUACGACAUGGUUCUAGUGGAGGAUGAUGAAGUGAACCGCAUGCACGAGAGCCUGCACCUCUUCAACAGCAUCUGCAACCACCGCUACUUUGCCACUACCUCCAUCGUCCUCUUCCUCAACAAGAAGGACGUCUUCCAGGAGAAAAUCAAGAAGGCUCAUCUCAGCAUUUGCUUCCCCGACUAUGACGGUCCCAACACCUACGACGACGCGGGCAACUACAUCAAGCUGCAGUUCCUGGAGCUGAACAUGCGGCGGGACGUGAAGGAGAUCUACUCCCACAUGACCUGCGCCACUGAUACUGAGAACGUCAAGUUCGUCUUCGACGCGGUCACUGACAUCAUCAUCAAGGAGAACCUGAAGGACUGCGGCCUCUUCUGA